AUUCUGGUACUCCAUGCUCCAGUUCAUGACGGGCCCGCGUCGCCACGCCUCCGGAAUCCUGACCAUCCCCAAGUUGGACUACGGGAACCCCAAGAUCAUGCGCUUCCUGUCCCCACACGCCGGCGGCAACGACAGCCUCGUCGUGGAGGAGACCCCGGCCAAGACGUCCACGUGGAGACUCCGAUCUCGGCGCAUAUCUCGACGAGAUGAACUGAUCGUUGUUGUUGAUUGGUCCUUCACAAGCUCAGCAUCUGCAUGGGUCGCGGAAUUGCUGGCAAAUGUUCUCGGGCGUAGCGCUUGCUGUGGGGAGCAGGUUUUUUGUCGCGUUCGGCAGUAAGUUUAUUUCGUCACUGUUCCUUUUCGAGCAACGCGUGAAGCGCUUGGAGGUCGAUACGCGCCGGCGUACCCUGGACGUGGUACACACAACGCAGAAAUGUUCCUCCGUGUCGCCGGGGGUAGGGACACCUCAAGUAUUGAGGUGCUUCGCGGACAAGGGGCCAAGUAGGUUCGGUCGAGCUUGAUUGAACUCAUGGAGUUAUUAGUCUGUACGCACAAUAAAGUGUCGGCCGGAGCGUGUGCAUGUCAGACUAGUUGCGUGGACCUAGAGGCAUGGAGUGCUUGUUUUUUGUGGUUGGAACUAUUUGUUUUCUCCGUGUUUUCUUGGAUCUUCGUCGAGCGUGUGGUUCACCAUGCGUCCUGAUUUGCUUGGUGCACGUCAUGGACAUGUCGUGCACAUUCACAUUCCGUUGAAAGUGUGGCAACCAAGUUGGGGUUGUGAGCCCCAACAUUGCAUUUGCGUGAUGUUUUUCGGGUUCUGUGACGAGCGUCGGGCACACUCUUAACAUUCUUCUUUACGUGGAUUCGACCCUGACGCAGAAAUGACUGUUGGCAGGAUGCCGAGUCGAUCUGUGCAGAGGAUGCGCAUGAUAAUCGUGUCGGCGUUGGUGCUGUACGAUUGAGCGACGACAUGGCAUGAAAACCGGGCUCGUUCGCGAUUAACCCGGAGCCGUAUGCUCACAAGACAUCGACAACCACGAAAAAACAGAGUGCAAAACAGCGCACCACACAAAAUUGCUGCCGCAGUUUGCUUACAGGGUGCGAUUCGGGCCGCCCUGGCAGGGUGGACCCUGUCCAGGGCGUCUAUAAAAGACCCUGCCAGCGGUGCACCCUUCUGCCGUUCACAAGGUGGGGUACCCUGGCAGGGUGUUUUUUUUGCCACCCUGCCAGGGUAGCCAAAUAGCUACAGGUGGAACAUCAUAGCAUGGUUUGGGGUGAUGAACGCAUAAUCUACCAUGUAGGGACAUAAGUGACAGGAUCAACCAGGCUGUGUCUGUCAACUACUUGUGAACGAUUGGCCUCCGCUGUGACUGACGCUAGAAUUCAUUACUCCUGUCUCGGCUGCUGUAGUACAACGGCAGCCCAUGGAAUCGAUGUGUAUGAAAAAAAUAAAAGAUCAGGCCGCCGUGUUUCUGACUGCACUAUAACUGCUGUAUUGCAUCAUACUCUACUAAAACUUUUGUAAGUACGGCUCUUCAAUACUCUACUAAACAUCUUUUUGAGUAUAGUAUGGCUUUUCAUACUCUACUCAUACUCACUUUAUAGUACGGCUCUUCAUACUCUACUCAACGUACUCUUGCGGUUUAGUACGGCUUUUCAUUCUCUA